AUGAGUACACAUUUAGAAGAAGAGAAAAUAUCUGAAAACGGAAAACGUGUCGAAGAUGUCGGCCAUCAUCAGUUUGAAAGUUAAUUAAUUUUUUAUUGAUCAGCAUUUAUUUCAAAAGAAAAACAUCAUCUUAAGAUGUAGAAAUAAUAUUUCAGGGGUUUUUGCUUGCUAAGUGUAGUUUUAAUAGAUUCCUAUCAUAGGCCAUGGAAUUUUAAUAAACGAUUCACAUAAAUUUCAAUGAGGACACAAAAAGAUGUUCUUGAAUAUAAAAGCUUGAAUAGAAUUUAUGUCAGUCUGCUUUAAAAUCAAAUUUUUGUUAUUUAUAAAACUUUUUAUAAUUAUAAAAUAAUAUUUCAGAAAUAAAAUUAAUCAUUAAAUAAUAGUAAAAUUAACUCAAUUAAAAAUAUGUGAAAAUAACAUAGAAAACGCUAUCCUAACAAAUACCUAUCUAUAUGUUUCUUUUUGUCUUUUUUUUUUUUUUUUUUUGCUUAGCAAUUAUAUACAAUGGAAAUAAAUAUCGGAGGAGAGAAAGAUUUUUACGACUCGUGAUCGACACGUUAUGUUGCAUCUGGCUCUUUAUACUCACAACACUGAUUUACAUAGUAUAUCAUUAAUUAUGGAAUAUAAAAAUAAAAAUUAUUCUAUGACAGAAACAAAUAAUUUAUUCGACAAAAUCAAAACAGUUUAUGUUAUUGAAUACUACAACAAUGCAAUCGUGGCUCUGAAUUGCAUUGCAGUAUAUUUCAAUUUGAAUUUUUAAUAAUAUGAUAUUAUAUAUAUUAAACUCCGUAGUGGUUUGUUACUUUCAUUUGUGUUAUGGGGGAUAGAUAUUUUGUCAAAUGAAAUAUAUAUGUUGGAAUAGAAUCUUUUUAAAAACAAAAAAAGAUAACUGUUCUAUCUAAAUCCUCUAUUUCUGUCUCUGUUUUUCUCCAAUCAGUAAAAAAUCAAUUAAUGAAUGCAAAUCAUUUUGCAUUCUCAUAUUCUUUGUUAGUAAUAUAAAACACAUAGUAAUGUCGCAAACACUAUGAUCUAUAGUGUGAGCAAUAUAAUAUACAUCAUAAAGUUUCUUCAACUAUUAAUGACACAAGUCAUCUUAUAGAUCGUCAGUUUCAUAAUCAGUUGCAAAUUUUCUUUUUCAUUAAUAUUUUAUUCAUAAUUAGACAGAUUGCAGUUAAUUAGACUACUUUAUUCUCACUUUUCUCCAAUAGAGAUAUCUGGGAAAAAAUGAGUGUCACAGAAAUACAGUGCGGCGAAUAAUUAUAGGUUCAAAGUAAUUUCUACAAAUUUUCAUGAAUAUAAGAAUAAUGGAAAGGAUGAAUAAAAUUUAUAAAUUCCGUUCACAGCAUAUUGAAAAUAAGUUUAUACAAAUACAGUACAACACUGUGAAUAAUGUAUUUGCAAGAAUCAUUUUAUUGUUAAAUGCAAAAAACGCAAAAAAUGUAUUUUUAGUAUAAUUAAUAUAAUUGAUAUAAUUAACUGAAAUAUGUAAUAGGUAUUAAUGAAUAAUUAUACUCUGAAUAUUUUUUCUUUAUUCAUGAAUUAAUAAUAAUAAAUUUAAUAGUUAAUGAAAAAUCAACAGCGUUUUAUUAUAAAUGAGAACCGUAUGAAUUUUAAUAAUAAUGCAGCUUAUAAUUCUUCUUUUGUCAAAUUUUUCUUUAUGUCAAGAAAUCUGCGUAUAUAUAUAGUGAAAAUAUAUGCAAAAAAUAUACAAACAAUAUGCAAAAUAUUCAGAAAAUAUGGAAACUAUAUACUAAUAUUAUGCACGACGUAUACAUUAAUCUUACUUAAAAUAUUACUUAAAAUAUACUUAAAAUAUUGUUAUCCUUAUAUGCCAUUAUAUUAUUAAAAUAUUGUUGUCACUAUAAAUGAAAAUUGUACGAACUUUAAUAAUUACGCAAUCUAUUCUUUCAAACGUUGUGUACUCCCCUUGUAGAAUUUGAGGCACUUUUAAAAAUCUCUCAACUUAGAAUAUUUUUUUAUGUUUGUACUACAAUACGAUCAAAAGAACAUUCAGUAAUUAUUUUCUCUUUUUUUUAUCAUUAGACAGGCAGCAGUGAGUUUUUUCUAAUCUUUCUCCGAGCAGUAAAGAAAUAAAAUAUAUUCCAACAUGAACGUCCUACUGCAUCCCAUGAAUCGUGUGCAGGUCACAUUGCCUAACUACUCUUAUGUGCUGAAUUUUGAGAAGAAUUUUGUUUAUUCAGAGACUCAAGCGUGGAUGAAAGAUCAUUUUCCAAAUUGUUUCUACUACUGUGCCAUUUACGUUUUCUUAAUUUUUUGUGGACGUCGUUAUAUGUCGAACAGAUCAAAACUCGAACUAAGAGGCCUGCUUGCUUUAUGGAGCAUAUCGCUUGCGCUAUUAUCUAUUUUUUGUUUUAGUAAACUGUUAUCGGAAAUAUAUCACGUAUUAAUCCAUCAUGGGUAUUACUAUAGUGUUUGUGUACCUAGAUAAUUUCACUUUUAUACCUUGCUCUUUUGAAAUAGUAUUCUAGUAUUAUAUUAGUCUCAGUAUUAUUCAUUUUGAAAUAUUUGAUAUUCAAACAGUUAAAAAUAUUAUAUACAAAUGAAAACUAAAUUUCCAAUAUUCUUUUAUAAUAAAUUAAAUUUUCAUGAAGCCUUUAUUGAUCGUUUUACAUUUGUUUAAAUUUAUACAAAUUUACUUACAAAAUAUUUUUAAAUUUAUUACAAACUAUACCUAUAAACUUGUCAUUCUUUGAAAUUUAUUACGUCACUUUGAAGUAACGUAAUAAAUAUUGUGUGUUCAUAUGUAGAGGGUGUUAAACAUACAAAAUUUAUACGUAUAAUUUUAAAUAAUAGAAUAAUUUAAAAUAUCACUUAUACAGCUAAUACAUGACUUCAAUUGUAAGAAAUAAUAAAUAAAAAAUAUGUAAUAUCCAAAAUAUUACUAUAUCAUUACAUUUCCAAAAUAUAUUAUAUCAUUAUAUCAUUUAUCAUUAUAUUUAUAUUAUAUUUAUAUCCAUUAUAUAUCAUUAUAUUAUAUUGUAUAUUAUUAUUUAUAUUAUAUUAUAUUAUUAUUAUUAUAUUACAUCAUCAUUUAUAUUAUAUUAUCAGUUUGGUAUCACGGUUAUAUUUUAUUAAAUAAAAAUUAAAAAUAAAAAAGUUUUAUUAUUGCAUUAAUCAUUCUGAUACUGGAUCUCUCAUUCAUUCGUUCUAUCCUUUUCUAUGAUCAAAUAGGAUUCAAGCCGCAUCUGCAUUAAGAAUUAAUAUCAUCUGUACACAGUAAUAAAAUUACAAUAUUUACAAAAAAAUAUAGAAACUCUAUUAAUAUAAUUGUAUUAUGAGAUUAUAUUUUUGUCACUGUUUCUAUUUCAACGACAAGCAGUUCAUCAAUCGCUAUUGCUGUAUCUACUUCAUUGUCAGUUUUGACUCAUCUCAUUUGCAUCUUCACCCAACUUCAAUAAUGAUGUAACCAUUCGACUAAUAAUCAAAAUAUAUGUGUAUUGUUUUUAUAUGUUCCUCAGGAUGAUCGACCUAAUGAAAGAGAAUCAAUUGUAGCAGACUAUAGUACUUAUCUGUCUAUAGUUAUGGCAUUAAUGGGUCAAGCCAUGAAAUCAUCCAACCACAAUUUUUAACCACUAUUUCUACAACUUUCAUACCGAGUUUUUGGUUUAUGUAGAAUUCUUGCUUUAACUUUGAUUUACAGCAGUUUUUUCGCUUUAUUCGAUUUAUGAGUGUUUUAAAGGGCUUUAAACUAAAUAAACGCAAUAACUUGCUUCAUAUCAGUUGAUAUGAAGUUUAACAGAUUAUGCAGUUAUAUCAUGUUGUUGCAGUUAUAUCAUAUGAAGUUUAA